AUGGCCGCGCAGUCGAGCAAGCUCGGCCGCGCCAUCGCCAUCGGCCUCGGCCUCUACUGCGUCGCGAGCACGGUGUUCUUCUCCUUCCGCCUGGAGAUGAGAGCCACCCGCAGCAUGGCAUCGCCGACCGGCAGCCAGCGCGGGCGCGCACGCCUUCUCGUCGAAGUGGAGCACAGCGACACGGACAACGGGCAGAGCAACUACAUCUACGAGAACGACAACUACAUGGACGACUCCCUCGUGGCUGUGACCACUACAGCGGCCGCCACGGUGACCUCGACGUUCGAUAUGAUGCUGGAGGGCGCGAAGACGCUGGAGAUUCGGCACCAGCGCUACAUCGGGAAGCGGCUCGUGGGCGAGAAGGGCCAGAUCUGGGGCAGCGUGACGCUCGGCGAGGACCCCUUCCAGAUCAUGAGCGACGCCGAGUGGAACGAGCUGCGCCCGAGGCACAGGUGGCCUGCCGAGAAAGUUCAUCUGCCUUACGCGAAGACGUGGGCAAUGACCGUGAAGGACGUCACGCUGUUCCGCUCCACUAUCAGGUACCUCAUGAUCGAAGGCCAGGAAGGCACGGCGACUUACCGGGCAGUCCCAGACGGCUGGGAUCCUGACGGGAGGUACAAGAAGGCCGACUACGAGAGGUACAUGAUCGACCAAGGCCACCCCGCGGGCAAGGGCAGAGGGGCGCAGAAGAGGCGCGCGGCGGCAUCUGGCACCGCGCGGAAGCGACCCGCGGCAGCUAUGGACGAGGCCGAUGCAGCCGGCCUCGCCAGCUCCGUCGCUGCGGGGCCGCAAAAAGUCCGUCGGGCUCCGCCUCGGCAGCCAGACCUGAACGUGCCCGUGCCGCCAGACGGGAGGUGCCUCUCCUACUGCGCGCUCGCCGCCCGCGACACGCGGGCGUGGAUGCUUGAGAGGGACGUCAACGGCUUCAUCCACGAUGACCCCGACAGGGAGGCGAGCGAGCGCGAGGAGGCCAAGGCGCUCGUGGACAGGAUCAUUGGCGCCAUGGAGGACGACGGCCUGCACCAGAAGGCCGCGCGCCUGCGGUUGGCGGGGGGCGCAGGGUACCCUGGCGAAGACGAGCUCCCCUUCUACGCCAGGGUCCUCCAGGGGCGCAUCGAGCUCGACGACCCCGUGGGCUACCUGCGGAAGCAGAACUACGCGGCGGCCGACGACGUCGUCGACGCGGAGGCGCUGGAGAUCUACGCGGAGUCCGUGAACGGUCGUGUUGUGCAUGCUGCGCCGACCGUUGGCAGUGGCGCGCCCAUCCCUGUCAUCGAGUUCGGCGAAUUUGGCGCGCCGCUGCUGUACAGGGUGGCGUUCCAGAUGAAGACUGGUCCCGACGGCCACUCGUCGCCCCACUGGAUCCUCGCCUGCUCCUACUACCUGCCAAGGGCUGCCCGACCGCUGCCCAAACCUCGGGCGCAGUUCUACGACCUGGAAGCAGGGGCGUCUGGUGGCAGCGAAGACGAGUCCGACGGGUCGCAGGGCGAUGACGUCGACGAGCUGGGAAACGUGUUCGGCCUCAUCGACGACGGCGGGGAAGACGACUCCGACGACUCCUCCCACCGUCGCUUCUGGGAGGACGCGCUGAGGGACCAGGAGGGCACCGCCGCGCCCGACGCUGGCGAGGCGGCGCAAGGCACCGACACGCCCGCGGCGCACUCGGAGGCCGAGGAAGCCGCAGGGUCCGACGAGCUCACCGCGGAGGAGAGACGGAAGGCACAGGAGGAGUGGGCCGACCAGCUUAUCUCCGAGGGCAUGAUGCAGCCGUGGGGCGAGGACGAGCUCUUCGAACCCGAGGGCUACGACCCCGACGACGACGAACUGCUGGGCGAGGACGACCUGCCGCUGUUCGACCUGGAGGACGCGCAAGACACGCAGCUACCUGACGCGGGAGGCGAAGGUGAUAAGGAUGCUGCUGAGGAGCUGCUGUCCAGGGCGGCGCGGAAGCGCCCCGCCAGCAAGGCGCUGCCCGAGCAGGAGGAGAAGCCGAAGCCGAAGAAGCGGCGCUGGGGCAACAACUUGUGCCCUGGUAAGCAAGAUGGGGCGCGCUGCGUCUAUGCCACAGACCAGCGCCCUGGUGAGCGAGCCCGCGUGCACGCAGACAGGGGCGACGCGCGCUGCAUGUUCUGCGACGGUGAAGUCCUCCGCAAGCGGGACUCCGUCCGCAAGGGCCAGGACAUCACCAGCGCGCUCAAGAGCCUCAUGCAGUACGAUCGCCCCGACCUCGUCGACGGCGCCCUCGACUUCAUCGCCGCGGUACUCGGCCAGGAGAAGCGCGACUCGUACAAGGCCAACGCCGAACGCGCGCUCCAUCGCCAACGGAAGAAGGACAACCCAGUGCCCGCGACCGACCUCCAGAGCGAGUGGCAGGAGGCGCUCAAGCAUCGCGUGAGCGUGGUGCCGCGGCAGAAGAAGCAGACGCGCAGGGCCUACCCCACCUGGGUCAGGGACGACAGGAAGUUCCGGCGCAACAAGUUCAAGACCGCCCUGGACGACGACGUCGAGGACUGGGCGGAGCCGCAGGCCGUGGCCUUCACCAAGUGGGCGGAGCUCGCUUCCUGGGGCAUGUGCAAGAUCUGCAAGCGCCUGGAGAAGAGGUCCUUCGCGCCCGCGGACGUGGCGGCGGCGAUGAUGCGCCUCCCCGACGCGGAGCGCAAGAAGGGCCGCAAGGCUGGCCAGCGCAGCGCCUGGAUCAACAAGUGCAAGUACUGCGCCAGCCCGCCAGAGAAGCGAGUGGGCUACCCCGCCGUCCAGAUCGAGGACAUCCCCGAGCCGCUGCGCCACCUCAGCGUGGCCGCACUCGAGGCGUUGAGGCCGAUGGAGGUGUCCAUAGGGCCGCAUGCGCGGGCCGCACACGGAUACAGGGUCCACACCGACAUGAUCGGCUUCCGCUGGAAGGCCACCGACGUCCUCACGGCCGUGAGCGAGCUCCCCGAGCGCCACCAGCGCAGGGCCAUGGACGCUCUCGAGUACCUCGAGGCGCACGACGACCCCGCCGAGGAGGACUUCUCCAGCUGGGCCACGCUCACGGAAUACUACCUGGCCCACCCACAGAAGAGCGCGUACUUCGCCAUCAUGCGCUUGCACAACAGGUUCCUCCGCAGGAACCGCAACGACCUCUCGCAGAAGAAGCGCCGCCUCGCGAUGCGCCUCGUGGAGCAGCUCGGCAUCGAGACGGCCCUGUGGCCCCACCUGUACCCGAGGGUGUCCAUGUGCGAGACCUACGUCCGCCUGAUGGACGAGCGGCGGCGCAGCUACACGGCCAAGGUCUUCUCGCCCGUGAUCGGCUACGGCGCCGACACCGAGCUCGCCCAGUUCGUCUACGACCUCUGGCUCUGGACGGCACUGGGGGGCAAGAAGCACGCUGCCAAGGUGCCCAUGCGCCUGGCGCUGGCCGGCAUGUCCUUCAGCCCCGAGUACUGGCGGACCUACCACUUCGCCCUCAUCGACCUGCAGCGCCAGCUGGGCUUCCCGACCCUGUUCGUGACCCUGUCGCCGCUGGAGUGGUCCACGCCGUUCCACGUCUGGGUCGAGGACGAGAUGCGGCGGACGCUGCGGUCGCGCACUUGGCUGCCGGCCGCGGAGACCUACCACCUGUCGCACGUGCUCACCCAGGCCAUCGUCGGGCUGCUGACCGGGACCAAGGGGAAGGUCAACUCGCGGGAGUCUUCGGGGUGGACACACCACGUGCUUGCUGGCAAGGACGCCGAGGGCAAGCCGACGCAGCGCGUGAUCACGCAGUUCGCGCGCAUCGAGUUCCAGGACGGCAAGCGCAAGCGCGGCGGGCCCAACGCGCGGCACGCCUACCACGGCAGCGGCCGCCCCCACGUCCACUGCCUCGUCUGGCUGGAGAAGGUCGCCACGAUCGAUCUCCCGAGCAAGGUCUCCGCCACCAUCCCUGACGACGAGGAGCAGGAGCAGCUCUACCACAUCGUCAUGGGCUCCCAGACCUCCACGCACGGCUCCCAUCCGUGGCCUGAGCGCAAAGAGGACUCGAUCUGGGACGAGCGGGGGAAGACGCUGAGGCUCCACCACACCGCCAGGGACCUGCACCACAAGCUCCGCGCCUACAUGCCGGCCGUCAUCGCGGGCAUGAAGUCCCACAUGGACGUGCAGACCUCCGAUGGCCGCGGCAUGCUCCUGCGCUACGUCUCCUCCUACACGGCCAAGUUCUCCGACCAGUUCUCCUCCGAGUGGCUCAACGACGAGGCCUCCGACUACGCCAUCAGCCGCCGCAUCCUCACGGAGUUCCACCCGCUCGAGCCGGAGAUGUGGCUCCAGCUGGCCGCAGCGGAGUACUCCCAGGUCCUCACGCACGGCACCGUCAAGAACUUCCCCGUGCCCGUGCCGUGGAAGGGCAAGGAGAUGCCCGCGGUCGUCGAGCGCUACACGCACAGCGCCUGGCGACCCGACGACAUGAGCCUCCUGGAGUACGUGCGGCGCUCCAACAGCAGGGGCGGCGUACACCGCGCGCUCCGCCUGCGCUACGCCAACCUCCAGAAGGCGAACGACCCCUCCGUGGCCCACGUCGACCUGGAGACCUGGGCCGCACGCGUGCCCAUGCGCGGCGAGGUCCUGGUGGCGGCGCGCUCCAACUCCCGCUUCAGCGACGAGUACUACGGCCAGUGGAUGCUCCUCCACGUCCCCUUCCGCAGCGUGCAUGAGCUCUGGCAGGAUGCCGCGGAGCUCGUGCCGACCGGGUACAGGCUGUUCGCCCACUGCCUCCUCCACCGCCCGGACCUCUGGCGGAGCGAGGCAUGGUUGCGCUCCGACAUGGAGCUGGAGGCCCACCGCGACCCGACCAUCGACUCCAACGUGGCGAUGAUCAAGGCGCACAUCACCCUCGUCGACGACUACCUGGAGGGCCGCCUUGUGGUCGGGGAAGACCCCGAGCCGCCGCGACACCACUACGCCUUCGAUGGCCGCAUUACCACCCUCGAGCCCGAGCAGAUACCCGUCGCCGACCUCAUCACGAGGCGCUGGCACAGGGCGGUGGAGCUCGCCUGGCCCGACGACUACGAGGACCACAACCACGGCCCGUCCGAAGACGAGGACCCGCGCCCCAUCGCCGUCCUGGGGCCCGCGGGGAGCGGCAAGUCCUUCCUCAUCAAGGUCGUCAUGCAGGACGCCAUCGCCCAGGGCGCCCGCGUCCUCCUCGCCUGCCCCACGCGCCGACAGGUGGCGCGCUACCGCGAGGACAUGCCCGACCUCGACGUCGACAGCAUCCACAGGGCCUUCAACGUUUACCUCCCCGAGCAGCAGACGCUCCAGCGCAUGCAGGACUUCGACCUCGUUGUCAUCGAGGAGAUCAGCAUGGUCGAGAUGUGGAUCUUCGAGCGCCUCCUGCGCCUCUGGGACGCGGCCGCGCGGCGCCCUGCGCUCGUCUUCGUCGGCGACUUCCGACAGCUCCGCUGGAUGGACAGCCCGCGCGUCCUGGAGCACUGGCGCUGGGCCGACUUCGACGUGAGAGAACUCAAGAUCAUGCGCCGCUGCAAGUGCCCCAUUCUCAAGAAGAAGCUCGAGCUCCUCCGCACGGCCACGCCGAGCAGGCCGCAACUCGUGGAGAUCCUCAAUACCCAUCGCGCUCCGAUCAUCACCCGCCGAGACAUGGGAUGGUGGGAGCGCGAGUGGCCCACGGAGCGCGAGAUCGGUGGCGUCUUCGAGGAGUACCCCACAACGACCUUCGUGACCAUCUCGAGGGCUGGCGCGGCCUGGGUGAACAGGGUGGCCCUGGAUUAUUUCUUCGCCGACGCCCAGCCGCUUGGCACCGUCGACGCCGACCCUGAGUUCAACCCCGACAACUUCUACGGCACCAAGCAGGUCAGCUGGCACAACAUGCGCCUCCCGAUCUACCAGGGCAAGCGCGUGGGCUUCACUGCCAACAUCCGCCCCGAGAUCGACUUUGUCAACGGCAUCGAGGGCCACGUCAUCAUGAUGGACCACACGGGCGUCCUGGUCAAAACGACCACUGGACACAUGGUCAAGGUCGCGCCAUACACUUACCAGGAAUGGCGCAACGUCUACCACCCGCUCCGCCUUGCCUACGCCACCACCCUCAUGAAGGUGCAGGGCGAUACUCUCAGCCACAUGACACUCUGGAUGGACACGCCUGGCGUCGAGGCGGCGGGGUACGUGGCGCUCUCCCGUGUGCAGCACGACAGGGACUGGAAGUUCGUGGGCUUCCUCAAGCAGAAGCACUUCCUGGCGCACGUGCGCGGCCUUCGGCCGCGGGGCGGUGCCCCUGGCGCCAGGACGGCGUUGCGGCGGGGCACCACGUUCUUCUGGGUGGUGUGUCUGCUCCUGGGCCUCCAGGACCGACUGGUGCUCGAGGAGGGCGCUGACGUCGAGGAGGUCGCGGAGCUCAAGGUCGAGCACGAACGGGAUAAGAUCCACGCGUCGACUCGAGCGAAGACGGGAGUGGUCUACACAGAUCACAAAGGGUUGAGCGCUCAUGACAAGCAAGAAGCCGAACAAGCUAGCGCUCGACUCAUCGACAGGAUGAAUGGCGUCACGAAGGAGGGCCCGAAGAAGACCGGUGUCAAGAAGGGUGGUCGCAAGCGGCUCUCGCUCCUCCCGAAGUUCAGUGCGAUGGAAGCUGUGACGACGGCGGGGCUGUGGGCCUGGGCUCGGCGGAGCUGGGGGCCCUUGGCCGCGACGGGCGUCAUCUGCUGGCGUGUGUGGCACUACCUUGGAUUGUAUGAGUGGGCGCGAGCCGCCUAUCAUGCGUACCAAGAGGGACGAGAGUGGUUCGACUACCUCGGGGACAUCAAGGACAGCGUGGGCGAGAUGCGGGAGAGCGGCGAGCUGGACUUCUACUUGAUCACCUUGGGGAUCGGCGCUCUGGUCAUCUGGGCCAUCUACUACAACACGGGUGCCUCGGACACGGGCUCAGAGUAUGACGGUUCGGACAGCGAGGACGGGGACAUGAGGGCAAAGGGCACAUCCGUUUCGGAUACCGACUCAGGUGAGGAGCCCUCGUCCACGGACCUGCUGCGCACCAUCUUGACGGGACAGGAGCAGCUGGCGCAGCUGGCCGACCAGAUUCGCGAGCUCAAGGCGACUGCUCCUGCGGUGCGCUUCGAGGCUGAGGACCGUCCCGGGACGCCCCGCUCAUCGCGGUCGACACGCUCGGACACAGCGGACGCACGGCGGGGCGACGAGUUCGUGGAACCAUCGAAGGGGCAGAUCGAUGCGCUGUUGCGAAAGCUCAGGGAGCACGAGAUGAUAGUCGAGAUGGACAGCUCGCGGGCGACGAGGGGAAGCGGAUCUUCGGCCCCGUCACCUUCGCCUUCCUCGGGGGGCGGCUUCGAGCUUGUCGGGGACCGGUCCUCGAGCGGUGCUUCGGACGGCUCGGCGCGCACUCCGCUGAAGAUUCGCAUCGACGAGCUGGAGAUGGAGUCCCGCAACCCCCGCGAGACGAUGAUCCAGGCGCUGAAGGGCUUCGACGACAAGAGCUACCGCGAGCGGGCGUCGGUGCUCUACUUUUUCAACUCGGAGGACUUCGUCGUUCAGAUGUCAGGUGGGGACCAGAUCGGGGAGCCCCUCGUGCCCAGCUCGGGGCGGCCUCGGGCGCAUCGAGAUCUGUUGGGGACGUUGCCGUUUGUGCCAGCGAGUUGGGGCGGGCCCAGUGGCGGGGAGAUGAGCGAGAGCGAGCUGCGGGUGACGUGGUUGAGGUCAUGUCGGACCGUUGCGGCUCUCCGGAGUCUGAGCCGGGGCCACCUCAAGGAGCUGAAGGACUGGACCAAGGUGGCGUCGGAGUGCCCCUGGAACCAGGCCUCGCGGGCGGCGAAGCAGCCCGCACCGCCCUUGGAGGCGAGCUGGCUCGACCCCGAGCGCUGGGCCACCACGUUCGCGGCUGAGGGGCCAGGGCGGCGAGCCCGAUGCCAUCCACUGGUGAUCCUCGUCGUGAUCGUGAUGCAGCUCGCCGACGGGACCGACGCGAGCUUCUGGGAUGACCCGAUCAAGAGCCUGCUGGACGCCAUCGAGAGCUCGCCGAGGGCUGGCGACCAGACCCUGAGAUCCGCCAUGGUGCUGCAGCUCCAGAGGAGGAUCGAGAUGGGAUCCAGUCAGACGUUGAGCGAGGCGGCGUCCAGCACUACGGUGCAGGAGGAGCCGCGGAGGCCUGAUGCGAGUGCGCGUGGCAAGCGCCAGAAGAGGAGACAGAGGUCCAAGUGA